CCUGUCCUCCCUUCUCCACAACGGGUUGGCGACCCAGAAAGCAGCAGUCAUUCAGGAGAAAUGCUAUGCUGAUCCGGAGCGGACCCCUCAGUCACCGGAUCAGGAGCAGCUGCUCCGCCACUCGGUGCUAUUUUCACCCUGAGGAUAAAGUGAUGUGCACACCGCACUCACACGUCAGGCUGCCAGGAUGAAGUCCCCAAGCAGCGUGCGCACCGACGGCUUUGCGACCGAUCCGGAGGACCAAGACAGUGAGAGCGGAUCUGAUGGCAAGUCCACCGGCGCCUGCAGCCCACACCGUAGAAAGGAGCCAGACUCACCCAGGCGAUGGAGAAGGUGGAGACGUGGCAGAGGGGAUCUUCCACUUGGUGUGAGUAAACAGAGGCAAGCGGCCAACGCGAGGGAGCGAGACAGGACGCACAGUGUCAACACUGCCUUCACCGCACUCCGCACGCUCAUUCCAACUGAGCCUGCCGACAGGAAGCUCUCCAAGGUGGAGACGUUGCGUCUGGCGUGCAGCUACAUCUCACACCUCGCCAAUAUGUUGAUGCUGGGGGAGAACUGCGACGGGCAGCCGUGCCUACACCACCAACCAACCGGCGUGCACGGGCUCACACAACUGAGCGCACCGCCACUCCGGGCCAUCUGCACCUUUUGUCUGAGCAACCAGAGGAAGCAGGUCAGUGACCAACCAAAUUGGGCGGGUCAAAAAUGAGUUUUUUUU